AUGAGUUCAAGGAGUGAGUUCUUGAAGCUAGGUAGCAUUCGGGAAACUAUAAAUAUUGAGCUCUCUUCUCUUUUAGGGGGUCUCGACUCUGGUUCGACUUCCACCAAGGUACUGUAUGUCGCUCCUCACCUUUUAUCAACAUUUGAGGCGAUUGGUUUGUCCAAGGAGCUUUUCUCAUCAGACCAUGGUGUGAUAGGCGUAUUUCCUUAUGAGGUAGAAGUCGUUUUUGUGCCUACACAGCAUGCUGUUUUUAUUCUCAAUCCAGAUGUGGAAAACAUCCAAUCGUUAGUGGCGAAUAUACUUUCCAAUGCAAAAAAACACGCGAAGACGUUGAUACAUGUUUUCUUUGUCCCGCGUAAGCCCCUCAUGAUCGAACAUGCACUCGAAAAAGAAUAUCAGCUUUUGAGAACUGUGCCCGGAUUAAGCUUUGGGGAAUUUGACUUGGAUCUGAUACCAUUAGAAGAUGACCUACUUUCUAUGCAACAACCUUUGGCCUUGAAGCAUUUAAUUGCUGAUGGAGAUAUUACACUGCUCCAAUGGAUCGCAAGAAUGAUAUUGAAGCUUCAAACCUCACGUUUUGGGGCAAUUUCCCUGAUUAGAGGUAAAGGAACGAGAGCUACAAAAGUGAUACAAAUGCUUCAUCGAAUGCAGAGUGAGGUGGGGUCUGAAUUCCUCACAUAUCUUACUCCUGAGAUUGAUUCUUUGUUUGUUUUGGAUAGGGCGUUAGAUUUGGUAACGCCACUUCUAACCCAAUUGACGUAUGAGGGACUUAUCGAUGAGUUUUAUAACAUAGAUGCUGGUUAUGUAAAGUUUCCAUUUAAUUUGGGCGAGGGUGCAAAGCUUGAAUCAGGGCAGCGGGUCUUUUUGAACCAUACUGAUAAAGUUUAUGGCGAAAUCCGUGACAAGAAUUUUACAAACGUUGGGUCGACACUUUACAAUAAAUCUGUUUUAGUAAAAAGGAGCUACGAACGUAGAAAGGAAGUUCAAGAACUUAAAGAGCUGAAAGAAUUUAUGAAGGGAUUACCCGAGAUGCAGGAAAUGCAUCGUUUAAUAGGCAUGCAUACUGCCGUAGCCACGGAGAUAGGAAAGCAAACACAAAGUAUUGAGUUUCGAAGACGUAUAGCAAUGGAACAGAGUAUUAUUCAACAAGUGAAUGAACGUGAGGUAAUAGACUAUAUAGAGGAACUCAUUAAUAAGACUGCGCCCAUUGCAGAUGUUUUUCGACUUAUUUGCAUCUAUUCACUUGUAAAUGGUGGACUUAAAAGCAAAUUAUAUGACUUCUUUAAGGAGAAUAUUAUGCUGUCUUAUGGUAUUCCACAAGGUUUGGCGGCCUUUUUUGCUUUGGAGCGUAGUGGUUUACUCACAAAACAGGACGGCAAACAACCCAACUUUGCUACUAUUCGCAAACAACUGAGGUUAUGGUAUGAUGCAUUGCAAGAACAACAACCAAAUGAUAUAUCAUACGUAUACAGCGGGUAUGCGUCUUUGUCGGUGCGGUUGUUGGAGUCUAUGAUUAGUCACCCUGAGAAUUGGAAUACAUCAUCGGACGUUACCGACUUAAUUCCAGGUGAAAAGUCGGAAAUUCGUAAUGAGGUGGAACUUCCAGCGGGUACUCCAAUAACGAUGGUAUUUGUUAUUGGGGGUAUUACGUAUGCUGAAAUUAGUGCUCUGCGUUAUCUACAAACAAAAUUGGCGGACGCUGGUAAAGCAAGGCGCAUUUUAAUAGCAUCAACACACAUAACGAACGGCAAACAAAUGAUAGGUUCUUUAUUACCCUUUUAUGUGGAGGAAUAA